AUGCCACCCCUGGCCUCGUGUGGCCCUACGACCGUCCUCUACCGGGAAGGUGUCCCCGUCAGCGCAAUUCGAACUCCCGUCAAGUCCGCUGACACGGGCGAGGAGGUCAGCACCGGAUACAUAUUGCAAGUCUUUGAUCUGCCAUCUGAUCAGGCAAUGGGCUUCGGCUACCACCUCGAUGGCACUCCGAACAUUGUGGUCCGUUGGGAGUAUAGCUUGCCCAGCUAUUAUCUCUCCUAUGGCAUUCUUUCCGAGGCCGACUUCAAUGCAAAGUAUAACGGGCUCCCGGGCUGCACUGCGCCGGCCAACCUGACUGACUUCAGAGAGACCUUAAAAUAUAACGUCGCCUUCACCCGCAUUGGUGACCAACUCUUUUUCCCCAUUUUUGAAGCCUGUCAAUGCAAGUCCCCGACCACUAUCUCAACCUCCGCCACCACCACCAAGUCCGCCUCCCAAGGCCCCGUCUCCGCACCCGCCGGCUCCGAAGAACCCCAAGCCCCCAAAAGUACCAAGCUCCCCCAAAGCUCCCAAAGCGCCCAGCUCACCAAAAGCGCCCAAGCCCCCCAAGGUUCCCAAGGCACCGCAGCCCUCUCCGCCACCCCCUCUCGUGUCCGUGACACUUACCUGCGGCCACCGUACCAAGUAGUAUCGCCAACAGGACCCCUGAACGCCACCGCCACUCAUGCCACCUACUGCUUCCGCCUCAUAGCCACAACGCAGGGAGCGAAUAGCAGCUCCUGUACGGGAAUGAAGAUCAACAGACUUGAGUUCAUCGUCACCGGGUUGAACAGAGGGGCCCGGGCAUUCGCCGGGACAAUCCUGCUGGCCUGA